AUGUCUAUCUUAUCAAAGUUGAAAACUCAACAAAGUAUCACUGACCUCGAACAACAAAACAGAAAGUUGGAGACACAAGCUCUGAGUGUACAACACAGACUCUCUAAUUUGCAGAGAAAAAAUGAGUUUUUACAGAGGAAGCCAGAGGAUAAACAGAUUGAAAAACAGAGAAAUAUCAAGCUCACUUUGCAUGGGAAAGAAGAGGUGGUGACCAAGUCUGUUUCCUUUUCUCAAAACAAGGUGAAUUUUUCCGCUCUUUUUGAAGUGUUGGCUGUGUUGCUGGAGUGGACAUCAGAGGCUCAUCUUCAAAAAAUGCCAACAUUUCAGGAUUCACCGCAAGGAAGGCUUCAAGAACAACAGUUGGACUUUCCUUCAGCUCUAGUGCAUGAAAAAUGUUUGAAAAUUUUACCAGGCAUGUCUGACAUAUUAGGGACUCUGCCAAGCGUGAAUCCUCGUGUACAGCAGCCUUGUUUACAGUUCACUUACUGGAGUGUCGUGUUUAUGGAGCAGACGGUGCAAGGAUCGCAGAGAACUGCUUUGGCGUCCACGCUACGUCACAUUGGUGAAGAACUCUACAAACCUCAGGUUACAAAAGUUUCAGAGGAAGGAUCAACUCCAAAAAGCGAGAAGCAGAAGCUUGAAAUCUAUUUCCACAGCCCUAAUAUCGCCGUCAGAAUUCUCUCAUCUCUUAUCAUACUCAAAACUCUCUCCAGAGUUGAUUACCUUGCUCAUGUGUUUGAUGUCUUGAAAACCGACUUGAAAGACGAUGUGGGCAAGCAAAUAUUUCUGACCUACGAAGGAGUGAACGUCGUGUUAUCGUACAUGAAGGCUGUUCAAAAGGCUCUCCUCGGUAGUGCUGUCGAUGUCAUGCUUCUGAUGUCUGUAGAUUCACCGUUCACGUCGGCAUUUUUGGACAGCUGUUCAAACGAGCUCUGGUUCAGGACGGCCGUGAAUCUGCUGCAACACAAGGGACUGGAUCCUAAAAUAUUGGAGAAAUUGAGCAUCGUACUUCAAAGACUUUCAAAACUCAAGUCCAAUCGCCGAUACUUUGAAGCUUUCCAGAUAUCUGCCAUUGUGCAAGAAAUGUUACGGACUUGCGAUCCACAAAACGCCUUCCUGGCUCUAAACCUCCGCUCCAUCAUCUUUAACCUCGGCAAAGGAAAAGAAUGACUCGAGACAAGCUGCAAUGCUAUUGGGUAAACAUGCUAGUAUCCUCCAAUCAGGAUAAAGGUGCUCGCGGGGAGUCAGCCAAUAGGAAGACGCUUUGCCUUUGGCGGGAACUAGAGUGGAAGGCGGGUCAGGGGUUGUUCGAGAAAAGCGAGCCCACGUGUUGUUUUUCUCACAGUUCGCGGUUAACAGCAAACAAGACAUGCGAAAGGAGAGUAGAGUCGUCAUUGUAACCAUGUCAGCAUUUCGUUUAGGGAUGUUAAUAGACAUAGUGUUGUGGUAGAAACGAAAACUGAAGGUCAGAAAACAGUUUUAUUCUAUUUUUUUUUUUAACAGAAAUGCAACGUUAUGGAAAGAAUGUGAAAGUCAACUGCUGUGAAAUGUUUAUUUUACUGAAUAUAGUAGAAAUCUAAGAUGUUUAAAAGUUCUAUUUAUAAUAAAACGUGACGGGUGUUUUUCUGCUGUCUUUUUCCGCAAGUCUUUUUCUAAAGACUUCUGACGUUUUACAUAGUUACGUUUAGCGAGUUGUGCAAACAGUAUUUUCAUGCAGAUCUCAAGUCCCUUCGAAACGGAUUAUUCCUUCUGAUGAUAAUAUGUGCCCGUUUUAAAAUAAAACAAGCCUGAAAGAGUACUUUGAACAAAAAAUAUGUGUAGGACUUCUUUUCGGAAUUUACGGUAAUUUAGAAACAAUCUUAGCACUGUUGUGUUAAAAGCGAUCGACUUUUGGCCACUCUUACUCACACGAAUGCUAAUUGUAAAAAAAUACACAAUAUGAAUGAAAGACAAACAGCUUCAUAAAAGAGAACUAUUUGUAACAACGUUAAUAAGCUUUUAACUGUAGUAGGUGUUUCCAUCCCGAAAUAAAAUAACAAUAACACCGAAGA